AUGAGGAGAUUGGUGCAUCUGUCACCUCUGACACAAGUUUCUACUUUGGUGGCAGGUCUUUUUGACUGCAUAGAGGGAGAAUCCGCGGCGGAGGAAUGUUACCGGCCGUUGUCUGCUGAAGAAAAGGGAGGCAAUGGAAGCAAUGCCUUCGGCCCAGGUGGCAACGAAUUCAGUGAUGAAGUUGAGGAUGGGGAAUUAGGGGUGGAGUCGGAUGCAGAGGAGAAUUUUGGGGAUAGCUUCUUUGACAACUGGGAAGAGAGAGUAGUGGACGACAUUGCAGAGCUGGGGUGUAUAAAUUUCAAGGAAAUAACUGCAAAGGAGAUUAUGAUGUGUCAUUUUCCGGAUCGAUCGGUGGCAUUCUUGUUUUACAGUUUGUAUGCGAAGAUGAAUAGUUUCGCUGUGAGAAAGAAUAAGAUUCGGCAAAAUGUGAGGAAUGAGGUUACUCAACAAGAAUUUGUAUGUUUCCGGCAGGGGUUCAGAGGAAUAGGGUCCAUUAACGACGGCAGGCGACGAAAACGUGAGCCAAAGGUAGAGACCAGAUGUGGCUGUGAGGCAGAGAUACGCGUCCACGUGCACUCCGAUAGUGGUAGAUGGAUAAUAUCAUACUUUCAGGACGUUCACAAUCACGAGUUGCUGGACGAUAGACUGACUUUCAUGCUACCGUGCCAUAGGAAAAUGGAUGCAGCCGCCGUGGAACAAAUGAACAUGAUGCUUAGAGUUAGGAUUAAAACGCCACAUAUUUAUUUAUCUUUUGUGCAGACUGCCGGGGGAUUCCAAAACCUUCCGUUUCUAAAGAGGGAUAUGUAUAACCAGAUAGGGAAGCAACGGAGGCUCAUUGACGAGGAUGCGACGGCUUGCCGGAAGUUCCUGGAAUCAAUGGCACAGGCUAAUCCUGGAAUGUUUGUGCAUUAUUUGGCAGACAAGGAUGAUCGUUUGUCCACCUAUUUUGGUCGGAUAAUUGCAGUCAGCUGGAUUAUGACAAUUGUGUUUGCCGCUGUGCUAGUUGCAAAUGAGAAUGAGCAGACUUACACCUGGUUGCUGCAACAGUUCCUAGAUGCCAUGAAGGGUAAAGCACCUGGGUGUGUGAUAACAGAUGGGCAUGGAGUGAUGAAAAAGGCAAUCAAAGCGGUGUUUCCUGGGGCCUAUCACCGUUUGUGUGUGGCAUCUGUUGAGGAAUGCCACUUCUAA